CUUCGAUGCCUUCCCAAUCCCACCCAAAUAUACUCUAUCGAGUUCUAUCCGAUACCGCGAGCAAUGGAGAGCCUCUUCACCGGCUUCCUCCCUCGAGCUUGGACCAUCUCCACCAACCGUGGAGUUCUGCCUUCGAAUUACUUCGGCAGGACGAGGAACAAUGAAGCGAUUAUCCGCAUGCCUCGGAGGAGAGCCACACUGCCUGGAAUCUUUUGCAUGGCUGAACCGUAUCUGAUAGCAAAGUUGGAUUCUGCCGAGAAAACUUGGAAAGAGUUGUCGGCCAAACUUGCAGAUCCUGAUGUUGUUUCAAAUCAUACAGAGUAUCAGAAGCUUGCACAAUCGGUGGCAGAACUUGAUGAGGUGGUGGUGAACUACAGGAAGUUCAAAGAAUGCAGGAGACUACUAGACGAAACAAAAGCUCUAACAGAGGAUGAGAGUGAUCCAGAUAUGGAUGAAUUGGUUGCUCAUGAGAUGGAAAUGUUAUCUAAUCAGCUUAAAGAUCUUGGGGAUAAGUUGAAGGUGUUAUUACUUCCUAGUGAUCCAAUGGAUGCUCGCAACAUCUUACUUGAAGUAAGGGCAGGUACCGGUGGUGACGAGGCGGGAAUAUGGGCAGGUGAUCUUGUACGCAUGUACCAAAAAUAUUGUGAGCGAAGUUCUCUAAAAUAUUCUUCAAUUUCUAGUUCAGAGGCUGAAAAGGGUGGAUAUAAGACUUAUGUGAUGGAAGUUAAGGGAAAUUAUGUAUAUAGCAAAUUGAAGUAUGAGUCAGGUGUUCACCGUGUCCAACGUGUGCCUCAAACCGAAGCUCAAGGUCGUGUCCAUACAUCAACUGCGACUGUUGCAAUAAUGCCAGAGGCAGAUGAAGUUGAAGUAGUAAUUGAUCCAAAAGACAUUGAACUAACAACAGCAAGAUCUGGAGGAGCUGGAGGGCAGAAUGUAAACAAAGUGGAAACAGCUGUUGAUCUUUUCCAUAAGCCUACAGGAAUACGGAUCUUCUGUACCGAGGAAAGAACUCAGCUUCGCAACAAAGACCGUGCAUUUCAAUUACUGAGAGCAAAGCUUUAUGAAAUGAAAGCAAGCGAGCAACAAGAGUCACUAAGGAACCAGAGGAAGUCACAGGUGGGGACUGGUGCCCGUUCAGAGAAAAUAAGGACAUACAAUUACAAGGAUAACCGAGUUACUGACCACCGAUUGAAGAUGAACUAUGAGCUAACUUCCUUCCUCUCCGGUGAUAUUGAGGCUGCUAUUCAGGCUUGUGCAGCCAUGGAGCAAAAGGAACUGUUGGAAGAAAUGGCUGAGUCUGUUGCUGCAUCUGGCGCUUGAUCAACCACAUCUACCCAUUAUAACUCACUCGAGGGCGUAGUGUUUUUGCAGGAUGCUCAAAUCAAGACGGAGGUAUAUCUAAUUGUGGGGAGCUUUAUCUUAUUGAUUGAAAUUUUAAAGAGUUGAUCUCACUUAUUAAUUACUAGUUGUAGUUGGUGCUUAUUAUUUUUAACUAUUAACUGAAAUCAAUUAUAGAUUGUUGGAUGAUCUUACUUUCUUUAUUAUAGUUAGACUAACUAUGUGACUUUGAUGUUGAUGAUUGUUUAAAAUGAAUUGGUUAUAAUUGAUGACUUUGUCUUGAAUUUA